AGGAGCUGUGAGACGGUGGGCAGACAGACAGAGCGCGCUGGCUCUCCUACAAUGAGACAUGGUGAUGGAGCAGGCAGAGGAGCUUGGACUGUUCUACGAGGGACAGAGAAUCACACACACACGCACACACACACACACACACACGCGCACAGCCUGAGCCUUCUACUCUAAUCACACUGGUCAGUUCCAGUGUGUGAUAAUGUGUUUAUAUGUGUCCAUAUGUGUAUUGUAUAACUAAUCUAGGUUUCCGUGAGUUUUUCCUCACUCCAGCUCUGGACUUUCCCUUUAAUAAACAAAUGGUUUCACCCCCGCUGGCCUCAUGUAUAGGUUCACAUUUCUUACUGUACGGCAGGUUGUAAGGGACAAAGUUUUGAGGGGCAGGGAUUUCACAGUCGGCUGACGCCAGGAAAUGUGCUAUGAGAGAGACAGCUGGGGUGAAUAUUGCUGUGUAAUUGUUGUGUAUCUGGUUGUGUUUCCCCUGUAAAGCACCUGGCAGAGCCACAGAUAAUAACGAGGUGUAAUGACUGACCGAGAAUCGCAUGGCCAGAACAACACCUUUACAAAGACAUUCUAAUAGAGGUCGAAUCCCCCUUGUUCGAAGGCCCCACCAAUCCAUGUCAACUUCUCAACGCAUGACAGGGUUCAGCAUCUGGAAACAUCCCAGUGAGGAUUGUGUUUUGAGCUGCACUCACAUGAAUAUUUACAAAUAUGUUAAAGUAAAUGCCCCUGGAUACACAAGGCACAUGCCUACGGUAUUCAUGUCUACGGUUAUUGUUUCAUUUAAUUCAAUCCAAAAUGACGGGAAAAAAACGGGUUAUGGAGACCUUGACUUACAUAUUUAUCACACUGUACCGAUAAAGUCAGAUACAGCACCUGGUACAGAGAAAAUUAAUCCCAGGGCGUCUGGCUAUUUAAAGGGAUUGGGUCAAGGCAGCUCCCACAAAGAUGUCAUUCGUUUGGGUAUACGCCAUGAAACAGGCCAUUGUUUUCUUACUAGGAGUCACAGUGGUGUCUGGAUGUGGCAACCCCGUCUACCCGCCCCUCACCAGCCGGGUGGUGGAGGGGAAGGAGGCCCGGCCGUACAGCUGGCCAUGGCAGGUUUCCCUGGAGUCUUUCUUCCCAACCUGUGGAGGGACCCUCAUCGCUGCUAACUGGGUCAUGACUGCCGCACACUGCAUCACGUUCCACACCUACAGGGUGGUUCUAGCAGAACAUGACAUGAACACAGAGGAGGGCUUUGAGCAGUCUAUCAUGGUGGAUAAGAUGAUCCUCCAUCCAGACUGGAAUGAUAACUGUGUGUCCUGUGGGAAUGACAUAGCCCUGCUCAAACUGGAGAGGAGUGCUACUAUCAACGACCGAGUCCAGGUGGCUUGCCUUCCGAAGAGCGAUGCUGUCCUUGCCCCAAACCAGCCCUGCUACGUCACAGGGUGGGGCCGCCUGUCCUCUGGAGGGCCCAAGGCGUCCAGCCUCCAGCAGGCCUUACUUCCUGUGGUGGAGCAUGGCGUCUGCAGUCGUAGCGACUGGUGGGGCGGCUCUGUGAAGACCUGGAUGGUAUGCGCUGGAGGAGAGAGCAGGUCUGCCUGCCACGGGGACUCUGGAGGGCCCCUGAGCUGUGAGGGCCCCGAUGGGAGGUGGUAUGUCCAGGGAGUCACCAGCUUUGUGCACGGGGGCGGCUGCAACACCCCCCAGAAGCCCACCGUGUUCACCCGAGUGUCCUCCUUCAUCCCCUGGAUCAGUAAGGUGACAAGGGCCUGGAUAACACGGCACCACAAACACGGCACCACAAACCCUGCUUUAAUAGUUCACACUGGAGGUGUUCGUGUCACCAGGUGGAUAAAUGGUGCUCAUUGUGCAACAAGUGCGUUCAAAACGAUGUUUAAAAUCAUGCUCGGAACAAAAGAUUACAUGGCCAUUACAAUUAGUUUGAUAGACAUACAAUGUAAAUGUUUAUUAUUAACAAUUUUAAUAUCUGUUCUCCUCCACUCUGUAGACAAUGGCUGAGAACUGAACAAAACUCCCAUCCAGAAAGAAUCUACAUGCAAUUAAAAGGCUUACCGCACAAAUUGACUGAUACUCCUUAUU